AAUGAUCGCGUUAAGUUUUCUGCGUGUGUUAAGCAGAGAUUUGUGUAUAUAAAACCGUUGCAUAAAUCAACAGCACAACAUGUCAAGCAGCAGCAACGUGUCGUCGACGCCGCAGACGCCGCAGCAGCAGCAUGUGCUCAUUUCUAGCCAUGUGCAACAGCAACAGGUGGAGGCAGAAACUACGCCUACGUUGUCCAUAUCUGAGAGUAAGGAACUAACCGGUUUGACGCACGAGUGCGGCGUAUUUGGAGCCAUUGCCUGUGGCGAUUGGCCCACCCAGAUUGAUAUUGCUCACGUGAUGUGCUUGGGUCUGGUCGCACUGCAGCAUCGCGGACAGGAGUCGGCGGGCAUUGCUACCAGCGAGGGCAAGUCAUCGAAGAACUUUAACGUGCAUAAGGGUAUGGGCAUGAUCAGCACCCUGUUCAAUGAUGAGUCGAUGAAGAAGUUGCGCGGCAACUUGGGCAUUGGCCAUACACGCUACUCCACGGCCGGUGGAUCGGAGGUGGUUAAUUGCCAGCCGUUUGUCGUGCAUACGGCACAUGGCACCAUGGCGCUGGCUCACAACGGCGAACUGGUCAACAAUGAAUCUCUGCGUCGCGAGGUGCUGGGCCGUGGCGUUGGCCUGUCAACGCACAGUGACAGUGAGCUGAUAGCUCAAUCGCUCUGCUGUGCACCGGAGGAUGUCUCCGAGCACGACGGGCCCAAUUGGCCGGCACGCAUCCGGCAUUUCAUGAUGCUGGCACCAUUGUCAUACUCACUGGUCAUCAUGCUGAAGGACAAAAUCUAUGCGGUGCGGGAUUCGUAUGGAAAUCGGCCGCUUUGCAUUGGCAAGAUUGUACCCAUAAAUUCGGGGCAUGCGGGCAACAGCAGCGAAACACCCGCUGAUGGCUGGGUGGUGUCCAGCGAAAGCUGCGGCUUCCUCUCAAUUGGAGCGCGUUAUGUGCGCGAAGUCUUGCCUGGUGAGAUUGUGGAGCUGACGCGUCGCGGCUAUCGCACCGUGGACAUUGUGGAGCGUCCCGAUUUCAAGCGCAUGGCCUUCUGCAUCUUUGAGUACGUAUACUUUGCCCGUGGUGACAGCAUCUUCGAGGAUCAGAUGGUGUACUCGGUGCGCCUGGAGUGCGGGCGUCAGCUGUGGCGCGAGGCACCUGUCGAAGCGGAUCUUGUGAGCUCGGUACCAGAAUCGGGCACAGCCGCCGCGCACGGCUAUGCCAGAGAAUCGAAUCUGGACUUUGCCGAAGUACUGUGCCGCAACCGUUAUGUGGGCCGCACAUUCAUUCAGCCAUCGACGCGUCUGCGCCAGCUGGGUGUGGCCAAGAAAUUUGGCGCCCUGUCAGAGAAUGUGGCCGGCAAGCGGCUGGUGCUGAUCGACGAUUCCAUUGUACGCGGCAACACAAUUGGACCGAUCAUUAAGCUGCUGCGCGACGCUGGGGCCAGGGAGGUGCACAUUCGGAUUGCCAGCCCACCGCUGCGGUAUCCCUGCUACAUGGGCAUCAAUAUACCCACGCGCGAAGAACUCAUUGCCAACAAGCUGAAUGCCAUGCAACUGGCUCGCCAUGUGGGCGCCGACAGUCUGGCCUAUCUGAGUGUCGAUGGCCUGGUGAAGUCGGUGCAGCGGAAGCAGGUGGCGUCUGGCAAGCCGACGGGUCAUUGCACUGCAUGUUUAACCGGUGAAUAUCCCGGCGGACUGCCCGAUGACCUCAGCUGGUGAAAGAAAACGAAUAUUAAGCAGACAUUCCUAAUCCUCAACGAUAACUAUCCAGUAUAUAGCCAACGAGUGCUCCAAAUUACGUUCACAAAUUAUGCAGUAGCUUUUUGUUGUUGCAUUUAACGACCCACCAUUUAAACAACUCUCCGCAUAUUAACUCUUAAGCUCAAAUUAUAUAUUUUAUAAUUAUUUAGAUUUAGUAGCGCUCUUCAGUGAAAAGCUCUCCAUCUUUUUCCAACAAAAAGACAUUUUGUGUACAAAAGUAAACAGCCUUCAAUAUUGCCAGAUGAAUGGCCAUUGUUACCAUUUACUGUAAAUUUAUCAUUAUUACCAUUAUCUGUACAUUUAUGAAUGCCAAUAAUAAAAGACAUUUAGCACAAG